CCCAAAACGCCCGGCACCGCGAUGGGCUCCCGGCACCGCCGGGACAGCCCUGUCCCCACGCUGCUCUCACGCUUACGGCAUCGGCAGGAGGCAGCCGAGGGGAGGAAGCAGGAAGAAAGCACGGCCCCGCCGCCGCCGCCACCAAGGCUCCUCGUGCCCCCGGGCUGCCCGGUGCCCGUGGCGCUGCCCUCCCGUGCCACCCGAGCGGGCGCCCGCGGCUCUUGGCCGGCGCGGAGCAGCGGCGGGGCGAGCAGCCGGGCCUUGGCGGGGCUUUCCCAAAAAAGGCUCCAUCCAGGAGGCUGCAGGGACGCUAGCGGGGCUGUGUCGGCGCCACGGGUCACGACCCACAGCCUGGGAGGAGCGGCGAGCAGCAGAAGGGCCCCCGCAGCACGACCCCCCCACGUCCACCGUGUAUGAGGCUGGGACGCAGUACGCAGGACCCGCGUCCGCAGAGACACCCCUUCCGAUGUCCCGGCAUGAGACUUCUCCGACAACGGUGCAACCCGCCAGCAACCACCGCCCCAACGCCUGCUGCUUCUGCUGGUGCUGCUGCUGCAGUUGCUCGUGGAACGAGGACCGGGAGCGAGCAUGGAGGGCGUCUCGGGAGACCAAACUGGAGACCAUCCCAAACUGUGAAGCGUGCGCCAAACCCACGCCCGAGGAGGUGCGGGGCUGGGCACAGUCCUUCGACAAGCUGAUGAAGAGCCCGGCGGGCCGCAACGUCUUCCGGGAGUUCUUGCGGACUGAGUACAGCGAGGAGAACAUGCUCUUCUGGCUGGCGUGCGAGGAGCUCAAAACCGAGUGCAACAAACACACCAUCGACGAGAAGGCCAGGAUGAUCUACGAGGACUACAUCUCCAUCCUCUCGCCCAAGGAGGUGAGCCUGGACUCGCGGGUGCGGGAGGUCAUCAACCGCAAGAUGCAGGAGCCGUCCUCGCACACCUUCGACGACGCGCAGCUCCAGAUCUACACGCUCAUGCACAGAGACUCCUACCCUCGCUUCCUGAACUCUGCCAUAUACAAAUCGCUGCUCCAGAGCGUCUCCCGCUCCUCCUCGGAGUCCUAAGGGCACCCGCCGGCCACGGGGACGCCCAGCGGGGACGCGGCACCCGGGGAGGGGGACACACGGCCCGUCCUCACCCCCCCCCCCCCCCGCCAGCCCCCUCCAGCCCCCCGAGUUUUUAGCUUUUUACCUACGAACCCUCAGGCCGGUUUCUGGGCCGCCGGGCAGCGCUGGCCCCCCCCAGGGCCACCCUCCAGGAUUGUCCCCGGGGCUGGUGGCACCGCAGCCCGGGGUGGCUCCGUACUACUGAACCCUGCCCCGUCCCCGCCGCCGGCCGGAGCGAGCUGGGGAGCGCCCGGGGCUCGCCGCCCCCCCCCCCCCCCGUCUCCCCCCGCACCCCGUUUUGAAGAGGUCACUUUAUCCCCUCUCCACCGCACCUGGGGACACAGCACAUCCCCGUUUCCCACCUGAGACCCAUUUGGGGACUGUUUUUGGUUUUUUUUUCCUUGGGGGGGUUUGGGGGGGGGGGGGAAGG